AUGACCUCAAACUCGGAUGCGGGUUAUAGUUUGCGCAAAAGAACGAGGAUUUUGUAUGUAGAUCAAGCUCCUUCAACUUCCAACGAUCAGAAUGAAUCCUUAGAAUACAUCAGAAUGUCAAAAGAAGCUCCAGUUAAUUUAGAUUUGAUAGAUUUGGACGUUCAUAAUGGUGUAUUGAUUAAAAGGUCUCGCAGAUCUUUUGAAUCAAAACUAGCAAGUAGUCGAUUUGAUGAUUCUAAUAGUUAUCGGACAAAGAAUUUGUACAAGUUGAACAAUUACAAUAGCCCUGAAUCUGAUGAUGGAACGCCAAAGAAGAAACGAACCAUUCAGAACAAAGAAGACUCGGAUUAUGAUGUUGAUGUAGAUUAUUUUGAGUCAGAAGACGUAAGUUAUUUGUUAGUUGUUUUAUUCACGUCUUAGGAAUCAAAUGAGAGUGAUAUCGAAGUAGCAUCAAAUGCUCAUGAAGCACUCGAAUCUAGUCUAGAUUCCCCAUAUUACAAUACUCCAGAAGUUGAACAGGUUAGGAAGGAAUUACGACAAAUAUUUGAAUACAGCACCUUCACGAGAGACUAUUACGUGCCUGAAAAGAAGAAAAAGGUAAGGUAAACUUUUAUAAAAUAUGGUGGUAUCUCUUUUUAAUGUUUUUAUUUUAAAUAAAGCAUUAAUUUUAGUGCUAUGUCUACUUUUACAUGCUGAGCAACAUGGAACAGUCAAUUUUAAAGCGCUACGAAGACAGUGAUUCUCCCAGUAUGGUAAUUCUGGGCAUCGACAAGACGGACGACAAGAAUGAGACAGUCUUAUGUUCACUGUUGUUUUGUAAUGAAGAAGAUAAUGUUAACGAAAGGCAGUUCCUAGUGUUAGCAGGGUGGCGUGGUAAGGAUGAUUAUGGGUCGAUUAACACUGUAUUGUCUUGCGUUUGGAAAGUAUUAAAAGAUCUCAAUUUGGACUUGAGAUUGCUAUGGAAGUACCGAUAUAUUGCUAAUAAUUAUGGGUAUAUUAAUGACAAAGUUUGCGUUUUCUGUAAUGAAAAAUGUAAGGGUGAAGAGGAGAAUACCGACCGGAAGAAAAUAUUGGACAUUCCACUCGACAAAGUAAGUUUUUUAGUUAUUAAUUGUAUAAAGUACGUUAUAAAUGAACCAUUACGUAAAUGUUAGUUUUUCAAAUUUGCUUUAUAAACAAAGAAAAGUAUUUUAUUGGUGAUUAACCGUUUAUUUUAGGUAUAUGUAAGGCUUUUCGAUCAAAAACUCGAAAUUGUGAACAAGUUGAUAAGACUUAUGGAGAAGUUCUUGGUACACGAUUCUAACACUGAAUUAUACUACAAAAUCAUUGGGAAAAAGAAGCUCUAUAUGUCCAGGUCAAAGUUGAAUUACAAGUUCAGGAAAAACCAUUCGUACUCUGCUCUCGAUCUCUUGAGUAUGGCCGAAAGAUUAUCAGGUAAGCGUUUCCUUUUUGUGACGUUUUAAUUUAGGUAACACUUGCUUUGAUAUACAGAUAACUUUUUAAUUAAAUUUUGUUUUUAGAAGUCAGGUCCACUGCUCCGGAAGUCGAAAACAUCGGCAAAAUGUUGUUAUUGUUCAAACGUCUCAUCAAGGGCACAUUCGAGAGAAAAAAGAAUCAAGAAAUACACGUGAACGUCGUUACAUCUUCUAAACCGUGUGUUCGAUGUGAGAAGAUGAUUGAAUACAUGGAAGAGUUUGGUCGAAAUGAGAUGGACACUUAUAUUCAUCUACUAUGUCAUCAUUCGGCCGAGAUAUCACGAAUGAACCAAGGAUUCAGUGUCAGCUACGAGAACAAGAUUGAAAAGUUGCACAAGGACUUUGCUGUUGCCAAAACGAAACAAUGCUGUAGAGACGGGACGAAGAAGGACGCUAUGGCAGCCCGGUAUCUGGCUGUGAAUACCUUUUUGCCAGAAUAUGUCAAAAAGAACGACGCCGACAAUUCGAACGCUGCCAUUCCAGAAUUGACCAAGGCUGAUGAUUCUCCGAACAAAAGUAGUGGAAGUAAAAACGAGACGUCAGCUGAAUAUAUUGAUGUGAUCGAUCACGAAGAAAACGUAUCAACUUGA